AAUAUAUUUCCGUCGCAAAAACAACAACUGCAGCAGCAGCAACAAAUAAAUGCAAAUAAUAAUAAUAAUAAUUCAGUUUCGAGAUUACGUUGCCCUUCGAUUUCAUCCUUUUCAACUUCCUCCGCAGUUUUAAAAUCUGGAAACUUAUCUCACUUAUCCGCCUCAGUUGACGUAAAGUCAGGCUUUUCAAAUUCGACUAACAACUCUAUAAAUUCUAAUCUUAGCGGUUCAAUUUUUAUGGCCACUACAUCUGGAAGCUCAUCUUACCAGACAUUACAAACACAAUCAUCAUCCACAACAGUAACAUCUGUUGCAACAACAGAAACACCACUAACAAAUAAUCCGCAUAUUAGCCCCACUUUACGUACAAUGACAAUACCAACACAAAUCUUCCCACCGUCUCUUAUCCAAAAUCAACCAAUAUCUACUACAAACAAUGAAACUCUGAACACUAACAUAACAAAUUUUACAAAUCAAAAAAAUGCAUGCUUCAAAAAUACCAACAACACUUCAGAGACGUCGUUAGUUGAAACGACAAUAUCUCCCUUCAGUAAUCUCCAUCGUUCUUUCGAUAGCAAUAAAACAUUAAUGGCAUCAACUACUUCGACAUCGAUUACCAAUCAACGUUCAUCCGCAACUGCUAGUUUACUUUUUGUAAGACCCGCAAAUCAUUCUAAUACUCUUCAUGUCGGUAAGUUACCAUUUCUUCCAGUACAAUACAUUUGAAUUGGCCCUAAUCUAAUCACCCUAUAUAACCCCACCAGUACAAUACAACAGUACAGUAAAAUUAACAACAGAAUCAACUACUAUAACAAUAACAUCAGAACAUACUCAUCUUAACAGCAUCAGCAUUUUGUAUUCAAUCAAAUGUUGGUCACUUGUACCAGUAUCUAACUCUUUUUACAUAAAUAUAAAUAUUUUUAAUUUCGAUCGUUUCGCAUAUCGACAAUUCGUCAGCUAUUGAUAAAAAAGUACAUAUUGAUGGGACCUAUAUUCCCUCAUUCCUUCUCACAUAGUGUAAAAUUAACAUUUUCAAAAUUUCAUUUUUAAUUGAUGCUCUUCUUAAGUUUAAACAUUACCAAUUAGUUUAAAUCACGGAUUGAAUUAAUGCUAAAUUAAAAAGACUUUAAGUCUUAUAAAAAAUACAAUAAUAGACGAAAACAAAACAAGAAAACUAUAAUUAUAAAUAUAAACAUUAAAAGAGAUUAAAUAAAUUAAGAUAAAACUCUAACAAGCCCUUGAUUGAGGGACCCUUAAAAACAUGAUAAACUACUUAUAUUUAUAAAAAAAAAUGAAAUUUACUAUAUAUUUACAAUUGAAUAUUGACAAAAAUUUAUAUUAAAUAAACAUUAGAUCUAAAAUUAUAAAAUUUAACUUACAUAUAUGUAUAAAUAUGAAAGUAUGUACAAUAGACAAACACAGGUUGGAAGCAGCCACAACAAGAAUGUACAUCAUUUUAAAAUACAAUUUUCAGAUAUCCGAUUUCAUAUUUUUCAAAAGUCGCUCUAGUGUGAAAUUUAAAAUACGAGUUCGGGAAAUAAUAUCCUAAAAUCAUUUAAACAAUUACCUUUAUGAGAAUCUAAACACAUGCAUAAAUAUGUAUGUAUGAAUCUAUGUACAUAUUUUCAUAUGUAUGCAGAAUUAAAAUAAAAUUUAAAAAGCGUUUAAAUUAAAAUCCAAUUAAAACCAACUACAUCAAAGUUGAGUUAUUAAAUUUAAUAAACAUAUAAUAAAUACUGCUAAUAAAUACAAUUUAUGAAUAAAAACAAACAAAAAAUACUUGUAAUAAUAAAAAAAUUAAAUUUAAUAAAUUCUUAAAACACAUACACAUAUGAAGAAAAUAAAUUAAUUAAAAAAAGAAAACAAAACGUACAAUAUUAUCAAAUAAGGGACACAUAAUGAAAUGUUAUUGAUAGAUGUACUUUUUGAAUUCAGUUCAAAAUUUCUUAUAUUUUCUAAAUAAAACAAACGUAAAAGAAUAAACUCGCUGGAAAAAAGUGAAUGAUUAAAAAAUAAGAAGUUAAUAUUUCUACAAUAACGAAUCGAAAUCCCACAAAUAUAAUUACUUUAUAACUAAAUAAAUAAACAUUUCUUUA